AUGAGCUUACUAGAUCCAAACGAUCCAGCACUAGCACAGCGAUUGAACCAGCUUGCACAUGACGCUAACUCCAUGAAUCGUGCCGACAGGGAGAAGGCAGAGCGUGAAAUCAGGGAGUUUCAGAAUCAUGUUGAUGAGCAAUCUGGAUUUGUCCUAUUGCUGCUCAAUAUGGCCGUUACACCUGGGCCCGCCGAUUCAUUCUGUUCUAUUGUGUUCAAAAAUACAGUUAAGAUGUGCUGGAACGCAGCAACAGCAGAACAUUGUAUCACAGAGACGGACAAGACGAUUGUACGUGACACCAUUACAAGGGCUAUGUUUCGCGCUGCUCCCAAUGUUCAGCGGAACCUUGCAGAGGCCAUCACAAUGAUAGCGGAGAUUGACUUUCCGAAGGCCUGGCCAAAUGCUCUUGAUUGCAUUGUGCAAGUGUUGAUGGUGGAAAAGGAUCAGGCGAUGCACUGUGCCGCAUUAUCCACAGCCCAUGGUAUACUUGGGCGAUAUCGCAGUCAAACCGAUCUCUCUGAGGAUUUUGUGAAUGAUUUAAGAAUUAUAUACACAGCGUUUACUUCUCCAUUGCUUUUAUCGAUGGAAUUACUUUUGGGCGAAAUGGACAAGGGAGGUGUGGGAUGCAAAACAGCGUCGCAAGGGUUGACUUCAGCGGUGGAGUGCCUGCGUGACCUGACCACUCUCGAUCUUGGCGAUGAGUUUAUUUGGUGCAUGGAAAAGUUUGUGAGUGUUCUUCUGCGCUGUCUUCAGUUUACGAAUCCCGGUGUUGAUGGGGUAAGUUUGAUUGAGCUUAAGACUGUGGUGAUGGAAUGUGUGACACACUUUUUGCUGCAGUUUUCUGAAGACUUUGAGAAGUAUGCUGGCGAGUUUCUCAGGGUCGUCUGGGACACCAUCGCUUCCCCGUUGAGCUGCGAAAGCACUAUGGACGAUAUCGUCAUUCAAGGGAUGAACCUUUUGUCAGCCGCCUGCCGUGGGUCUAUGCGGGAUAUCUUUAACAAUACAGAACAUCUUGAGAACCUUGUGGCUCAUGUUAUUUUGCCGAAUCUUGCCCUGCAGCCUGAUGACAUUGAAUUGUAUGAAACGGAACCAUUUAGUUAUAUUCAGCGAGAUGUGGAGGGUAGUGAUUUUCACACUCGAAGACGAGAGGCGGGGGAGUUGGUGCGUUCUUUGAUGGUGACAUUCCCUGAUAUCUCUGGCCCAAUUUUUUCUGCGCAGCUGCAGCGUCUCAUGUCAGCGGCAGCAGCGGGUGAAUGGAAGGCAAAGGACUUAUCUAUUUAUUUGUUCUCCGCCCUUUCACUUGGAGGACAGUACGCGAGCUUUCAGAGAGGCGCCACCCAGAAAUUAAGCAAUCUGGUGUCUUUUGAACCAUUUCUAAAGCAAAGCAUUCUUUCAGAGCUUUCAAAGGACGUGUCUGAACAAAGUCCUUUUAUCAUUAAAGCUGGUUGCAUUCGUUUUGUGGCGACAUUUCGGGCGCACAUUGAACCUCAACUAAUUCCAGAAAUUGUAGCCCUUUUAACCACAUGGAUACGAUGCCAGGAUGAGGUGGUUCGUACGUACGCUGCACACGCUGUGGAACGCAUUCUCACUUUUCAACUUUCUGGUCAACAGGAAAGCAUCCUUACAGACGCGAAUAUGGGUAAAACGGUUGUACCGCUUUUACAGCAUCUUUGUAUUUGGGUUCAGGAAGAUAAACGACCAAACGCCUACGCCAUGCAAUGCCUUCUGAGGGUGUGUCAGAACUUCAGUCCUUCUGUAGCACCCUUUGUGGGGGAUAUCAUCACAUUUCUAGUUCCCGUUGUUAGAGAAAAUGCAAAGAAUCCUUCAAAUCCCCUUUUUAGCCAUUUUAUGUUCGAAGUGAUUUCGAAGUGCAUUCAAAUACGCCCAGAGGAUGGCACCGCUAUAGAGGGGGCUUUGUGGGAACCAAUGAUUUUUAUUUUACACCAUGAUGUGCUUGAAUAUGUUCCGUACACUCUUCAGAUUAUGGCACAACUUCUUGAUGCACGUGGCUCAGUUUCGUUUGAGCCUCCGGCGCACUAUCAAGCAUUACUGGAGCCUCUUUUAAUUCCCGACAUGUAUCAGCAAAAAGGCAACAUUCCUGCAGUUGUUCGACUUUUGGUCUCCUUUAUAGAGCAUUACCCACGCUAUGUGCACAGUAAAGGGCUUACAGAAAAGGUUCUGAUCAUAUUUCGAUCUUUACUUCAGUACAAAAAUUACGACCAUGAGGGACUGAAUGUUCUUACCGCGAUUAUUAUUGCAUACCCAAAAGAAAUUAUAUCCCCAUUUAUGGGCUCUGUCUACCAGACUUUGUUUCAACGACUGCAAACUUCUCGAACUCCAAAAUACGUGCGUAUUCUUAUUAUAUUCUUAUCGAUUUUGGUCACUAUCCAUGGUGCUGAUGAUGUUGUGGCGCAAGUGAACCUCAUUCAAAACGGACUUUUUUGGAUGCUACUUCAGCGCGUGUGGCUGCCAAAUGUUCAAAAGAUUACAGGGUCUUUAGAACGCAAGGUAUGCGUGGUGGCAUUGGCAAGCUUGCUUGGAGAAUGCGCCGAGCUACAAAGUAACGCAGAUACUUGGGCGAGUUGUGUUGUUAGCUGUCUUAAGGUGCUUCAUGGUGCUGUUGAGAGCGAUGAUAUGACGAGCUUUACUCCAAAAACGCAGUCCGUUGGGGAUUUGAAACAUUACACCGGUGGUUCUGGUUUUACAAACGUCUUUUGCCCUUUGCAGGGAGCUAUUCGGGCCCCGAUUGACGUGUGUGAGUCUGUGAAACAGCCGGAUUUGUACUUCCGUGAACGUAUUUAUCAGGCUCUGCAAGGUCCUAGUGGGGUUCAUCUCAAAAGCCUUUUGCAGGCCAGCCCGGAGUUGCUGGCAAUGGUUCAGUGA